CCAGUCAGUGUGACACGGCGUGUGCAAGUGCGAUGCCAUGCUUUUUGAUCGACCUUCUCCUCUGUGCUGUUGACGAGUGGUGACCGGCCGUCUUCUCCUCGGCGGAUGAUGAGCUCGCGUCGAAGGUGGCGGUACCAGGCGAGGUCACCAUCGGGGGUUAUGAGGCCCGCUGCCUGAACAGCCUGCGGGGGAGAACCAUGAACCAGCCACCGCCACGCGAGAACCGGAAUGCCCACAGGAAGAACCACCAGGAAGAGGAGGAGGAGGACUGCCCCCGGGUCAGCGUGCCCCCCUGCCCCGGUGCGGACGAUACCGGGGAGGAGGCCAGGCGCCCGGCACACGCACUCCUCGGGCCCUCGCUGUGGCUGUACGUGCUCAUGCUGCUGGCCGCCCUCGCCAUGCCCUGCCGUGCCCUGUGCCCCAACAACUGCACGUGCGAUGACAAGGCUCUGGCGGUGCGGUGCGAGCCCUCCAACAUAGACGUUCUGCCGUUCACCUUCAACCCCUCGCUGCAGCAGCUGAGCAUGUAUGGCACCGAGAUACACACUCUGGACACCCACUCCCUGCUGUGGUACCCGGACUUGCUUCACGUUAAUCUCAGUAAAAACAUGAUAAUGCAGGUCAAGCCAAAGACAUUUAAGAACCAGGUACACUUGGAGGAACUUCAUUUAGCUCAGAAUAACAUCAGUGAACUGGAGCCUGACAUGUUCAUCGGGCUGUCCAAGCUAAUUGUACUGUCUUUGAGGGGCAAUUCGAUUGAAUCUCUAGAUGGAAAUGUUUUCAUCCAACUCAAGCAACUGAAGGAUUUAGACCUGUCAGAAAAUCGGAUAGAAAGACUUGACAAUCAAGCUCUGGCUGGUCUGUUAAAUCUACGAGUGCUACACCUUCGUGACAACCGGUUAACAGAGAUCCCAGCCCAGAACCUUGCCCUUGUACCGGACUUGGCAGAGCUGAGUCUUGGUGGGAAUGAGUUUACAGAGAUUAAAGACACUGAUUUUGAGGCCAUGAGAACCUUGAAGGACCUUGAUCUAUCAGGGACAGAACUUAAUGAGGGGCUCACCAGAAACUCCUUGCAGGGUUUGUCACUUUUAAGUAAACUGAACCUGGAGGACUGUAGACUCACACAUGUGCCCACAGAAGCACUCAGUCACCUCAGCAAGCUGGAGGAACUGCACAUUGGCCGCAACCUCUUCACAACGCUGCCUCCUGAUGCUUUCAAGGAGAACCGUCGUCUACACUCGCUCUUUGUGUCAGGCUGUGUUUACCUCCUCCAUGUGGAGAAGGACGUCCUAGGACACAACAUGAACAUCCGGGAAGUGGUCAUCACACAGAACCCAAGCCUGACAUUCAUAGCACAGGAUGCCUUCCGCAUGUUGUCAGAACUUAGAGUCUUGGACCUCCACGGCAAUAAUCUACAGCAGAUCAGCGAGCAGGCCGCUUCUUGGAAGGACAUCCCACACUGGAGCCUUGAUGGGAACCCUAUCAAGUGUAACUGUUCGGCAGCCUGGCUCCGUCAACUGACCAAGGCCCCCAACAGCAGUGAGAGUGUGAAGUGCGCAUCACCCCCUCAUUUGGCAGGGAAAAGCCUACACAGUGUUGAGCUGAGUGAUCUAGCCUGUGGGAUGGAUGCGGCCACCCAAGGCUUGGUCAUUGGCAUGGUGGUUUUUGUGAUUGUGGUGGUUGUGGCGGCAGUGGUUGUGGUGAUACUGUACCGCCACCACGGGUCCUGCGUGCACCGCCUCCUGAAGGGCCACAGGCUACGGGGAAGAGGAGGCGGUUUUGACCACUGUAGCCAUGAUAAUUUCCAGGGCUACAUUAUGACACCUCACAAGCCUGUCCCCGUUACGGAACUUUAGCAUUCAGCCCGCUACUGAGGCACAGACUCAGAUUUCCCUGCAGCAAAGCCUGUAUAAGUGAAUAGGAAAAAAGUGAAGCUUUUUAAAUUAAAAGUGGUAAUUGGUGUAAGUCUGGCAGUUAAUGGAACAGUGAAUAGCCAGAAUAGAAAAGCUAAACAAAAGCCAUAGUUCUUUAGUAUGGCUCUAAUCAGAAACUUUAUAAUGCAUUUAGUAUGCAAAGUACUGUUCUUUUUAAUGGGAGUUGUGUUAUUUGUUCUUCUUUGCAGUGCCUGUCUUCCAUGCUAUUGGAGACUCAUGCCUUUGAUUCCUUAACACUCUUCAUGUUGCCUAUGUAAAGUCAUCCGGAGUUUUUCUGAUACCAGAUGGCAUGUUGUCGAGAGUAUAAUAUGAAAAACUCUGCAUUCACUCUAAAAAAAUAUAAAAAAAAAAACAAAAACAAAAAAAAAUAAUCCUCCUCCCCAAUAAAAAAAUAUUUAAAAAAUACAAUGAUAGUAAUAAUAUGUAGGGAGAUAAGUGUUUUCUGAAUCCCCCAUUGUGAUAUUGUUAGCUUGAAAGGAGAAAAAUGGAACACAAAAACUUCCACUAAAGUUAAUCUAGUCUUUUUUAUUAAUUUUCUUUCAUUUUCUGUUUUUGUUUUUGUUUUUCUUUCCAGAGAUAGGUGUGUGUAAUGCCUUAUCAGACUUGAACAUUUUCUUGUAUUCCUUAAGUCCCUGUGAUAGACCUAUCAUACAUGCUCUUUCUAAGAAUAUUUGAAAUGUUUAGGGUUUUUAGUGUUAUUGUGUCACUCUCUCUUUAUGAAACUCGUAAUAGAUACUGUGAUCAUCAUAUUCACCUUCGUCAAGAAUAUCACAGCAUUACAAUAGAAAUAGAUAAGUGAAUAAAUAAAAAGAUAAAAAGUCAUAUGUGACCAGAUCACUCACAAUAUUAUAAACCAGGGUUAGAUAGAAUAAUAAAAAGCAAUUCAUAUUUUUACCAAACCUGUGAGCUUAAAAGACUUGUGAUGCACAUAAAUGCAAAUUGAGAGGAAAAAAUAUGCUGUUGGUCUGGUCAAAUAUGUCGUGGGUUGUGCCAGACUUACCAAAUUCUUGGAGGAAAUGUUGAGCAGGAGCUGUUAGUACGAGUAAGGGACAAAAAUCCGAGUCAAGUGUUUCAAUCCCCUACGUCACUGUCAACAACUUCAGAAUGACAUUUCUUUUCUUGCCAUGGUAAUGCAAAAAGGACUGGCAGAAUGGAGUAAUACCAAAGGCUUUUUAAAAGUAAGGGUAAUCUAGAUUUUUUUUUUGGAAGCAUUAUCCAUAUUACUUUUUAUUAGAAUUUAGAAAUGAUGAAAAUACAGGGAAUUGGAUGAAUGGCUUUUCUUUCCUUUCUGUUUUACAUGCAAAGCUACGAAUAUUAAUUGUCUAGCAUACUGUUUUAAACUUUAAUCUUUUUUCAUUCACCCCCCCUCCCACCUCAAAAGAAAGUAAAAUCUCUUUAUCUUUGCUUUUGGCAUUCCCAGAGCCAUAGGAUUAACUGGACAUAUCUUAAUAGUAAUACAAAAAUCAACCUUCAGUAUCCAAGAGAUUUUUAGGCAUGACAGGAAGUCAGACUAACACACCCACGGCUUUCCCUGUGAUACAAGGGUACCCUCUUUUUACAAGGGAUCUCUUCCAUAGUAAGAGGCUGUACUGCUACUGCUGCCAGCUCACAACUGCUUCCCUGGUCAGACUAUGGAAGGUAGGGAGAGUAUUUUAGUAACCCGUAACCUCUCGUCCUCAUGUCUAAUUGACUUGUACGAGAAUACUUUUGAGUACCUAGACACCCUCCUUAAAGAAUAUGUAUAUAAUUUUUAAAGCUCUUCAUCUGAUACUCUUGAAAAAGAGUGUAGUUCAUAUAUUUGAAAUUUCAUGUUAUUUGUUGUAUUUCUAAGUCUGCUUUAGAGGAAAAAAAAUCUUUGUUAUUAUUACUGAAUGAGAUUUGAUUACUUCUACCUUUUCAUAUAUGUGAAGAGACGUGUAAGUACCUUUUAUUUCCCAAAAGUAGAAAUUUUGUCCUCAAGAGUUGCAGGGUUAAUUAAAUACUCCUACCCAUUCUUUCCAGUAUUUUUAUUUUUAUUUCAAUGACAUAUACAGACAUGAAAUAGAUAAGAAAGAAAAAAAAAAAUAAAAGGAGGAGAAGAAGUUCUUUCCCAACCGUAAUGACAAGCAAGAAAUCUACAAAAACACCAACCCUGAAGUUCUUACGUCAGGCCAGACCAAAGAUGUGCUUUUGUGUUCUAUGCAAUUCUGGUAGAUGUAGUAAACGACGGUCAAACCAUCACUUGAUGAGUUAUGCAAAUAGUUAAGAUGAUGUGGAAUCCUUCUGGGGCUAGCCUGCCAAUUUGUUUAGGAUUAUGCUCUUGCGUUGCCCUUUUCUCCUUUUUGAUGACACAUAAUGUUAUUUAUGAUUGGAAAAUUUAUAGAUAUUUGUACAUUCCUGCUCUAGAUGUUAAAUAAUUUUUUGUAAAAGCUUUUUUCAAAUAUUGAUUCAGACUUUUUUGAAAUAUUUGAGGAAAAAUAUAUAUAUAGCUUCAGACCUUGCAGUAUGUAUGAAUUGAGCCUAUCCUUUAUAACUCUAGUGGUCAGUCAUUUAUACAUAUACUGUAAGAUAUAUUUCAUAAUCUUAUAGAAUAUUAUGGUACUGUAUUUUACCUAAUGUCAAAGGAACUUCCAAGAGAGAGCAAAAUAAUUAAUGUUCAUUGUUGACAUUACAUAAGAAAAAUGAAGACUUAAAGGAGCCUUAGUUAUUGUAAAAGGCUACUUUACUGUUUCCUCUUUUUUCUUUUUUAGAUUUAUUGCAAUUUCCCAAAAUUGUGUAAAUCUAAAAUCUGAUUACGUUAAUUUACUACAUGAAUUAUUUUACCAUGAAAACCAAUGUCACUGCAGAAGAAGUUCCUUUGCCAUGUCAUAUAUCCUUUCUGAAAUUUGUAAAGAAGAAUGAUGAAAAGAAGUUUUAAUCCCCUUUCUAUAUUUGUGCAACUUUCUCCAGUUUUGUGAGUUACAUAAGGUAAGGCUCCCUGUUUUAUGAAGACUUAUUCCCUUGUACAUAUAAUCUCCACAGUCUUUUAGUGGAUUUUUUAGGAUCUCUCUUUCAGCUACAAAGUUCGUAAUAAACCCCCAUCUUUAUAGGUAAUGAUGCAUAUAAUUGUUAUGCCAGGAGCACCAGUUGUGUAUUCAACAUAUCAAAAAGAUGAGAAAAAAGGGAAAAAAUAAUACAGAGAAUGAAUUUGAGUCCCAGAGGUCAAUCAAGCAAUCCAUUUAUAUUUCUGUGAAAUAUUUUUUUUUUUUCUUUGAGGAAAAUUAAAGAACAGAGUAAAAAUAAGUCUUUCCUAUCUCAAAUUCAUUGUCUGGCACUGAGAACCAGCAAAUGUAAUGCUAUGGACGUAACUAUCUCCAUGCAUGAGGAGGGGCCUUUGAGAGCGUUCCACGAGUCUAGGUGGUUUAGGUAAUGAUGAAUGAGUACCUCUGACUCAUGGAUACUCACUGCUAACUGCUGGAUAAUCAUACUGUUCAAUCUCAUAAGACUGAGGGAGCUGACUGUGUGUAUAUGACUUUACAAAAUAAGAUUUAAAAAAGAUAAAAGUCAGUUAGGAGAUGCAGGUCUUAGUGGCAAAAUUAAGUAUGGUUAAUAUCAGAGUUCAAGCCAAAGAGUUUGUGCAUAUAGUGUGACCCAUGUUAUUAGUGAUUCAUAUAUGUAUAUAUUUAUUUUAUCCAUUUGCCUUCAAACAGUUCUUGGGGUUUCUUGAAUUUACAGCUUGUUAGAGUAAAGAAUUUCCCAGAUCUCUCCUUCAUGAAAAUUAUAUAUUUCUUUGGUUUUCACAAGGAACAUUUUUUCAUGGUGCAUGUAUGUUAAUUAAAGGAAGUUCCUAUUCUUUACAAAAUAAACAUGCUACUGAUAAAAUAAAGAGAGAGAUUUUCUAAACGAUGCUAUUUGCCCUUUGCCAGUAAAGCUAGUACCACAGUAGUGCUUUUUUAUUAUUAUUAUUAUUAUUAUUGCUUUAAUCCAUAAAUGCACAGACAGCAUUAGCUAUACCAAAAGCCCCUCCAGUGAAUGCCAAACAACGAAAAUUAGGCAAAGGUUUCAUUGCUUUGGAAGAAUGUAAUAAGAAAAGAGGAAAAAAACUAUUGUGUAAAUAAGAUUUUGGUCUUUCUUAUAUAUUCAUUUUUACUAAUGCAAAGCAUUGACAAGAAUGCCAUCUAUGAUGUGUGAAACCAUUUGCUUCCUGCUGUUCAUAUUUUCUUCUCUCAUUCUUCAGUCAUUGUAACUGACUUUUAUGUCCUCUUGAAAUCUUAUAUAAAUGCAAAUUGCCCACCUGCUGCUACGGUUAAGAAGCACUGUAUUAUACUGGAUCUCAUGGGGUACUAGUGCCUGCAAGAGAAGCCUACCAUGGAUCAAAUGCUACACACUUGAUCAGGGUCAAGCCACAAGGCUAGUUUUACAUCUUAGCUAUUCAGUCUCCUUGAUGUAAUGAGAUUCAUCGCACUGCAUCCGGUGCAACAAUCACUGCAUACUUCAUAUACACACACACAUAUGUACACCUUUGAAUACCUUUUUGAUAGUGUUUCGGGCUUUAAAUAGUAAUAUCAUUAGUGAAAACAGCUAUCAGUCAAAUGCAUGGAUUACAUAUAUCAGCAAUCUAUUUAAACGGCACAAUCAUGUGUUCUUUCUUAUGAAUGUUUACAGAUGAUUAGCACGACUUAUGAAGGAUACUCAUUGUAGAGGCUAGUUGUUAUCCAAAAAUCUGUAUAUAUAUUUUUGGAAUGUAUGAAAAAGAUCCAUUGUAAAAGUCUGUGUGUCAGAUCUUCCAUUAUAUGACAAAUGGGGUUUUGACUGACUUGGUUUAAGAGAGUGUUACUUGAAAUAAUGCAAAGAUAAAUUAAAUAUACAUUAAAUCCAGAGAAUUAUGAAGGUUAAAUGCAUUGAUAGAGAAACCAUUAUUAACCAUCUACCAUUUUGAAUAGUCAGUCAGUUAAGAGAGGCCAAAGAGUGCCUAAUUACAUGCCAGCAUAAGGACAAGAGCUUGUCCGAAUUUGUAUUUCUACAAAGCACAUGUGCCGAAUAACUACUAACUUGAAACUAGAACUGUUUUACAGCUGAACAAAAGGCAUAAUAUUUUGCACAAAUUCUUAUUGAUAUACAUUUGCACAUUGUAUUUAUAUUUACAUUAUAAAAGAAUAAAGACUGAUCUUGUAUUUUUAAGUCAAGAUCUGAAUUAAAGCACAAGUUGAUAUCAAUCACAGUAUAUUUCUCAACAUAAGAUUUAUGUUACAGAAGCUAUUGAGCAUAAUACUAUACCUUGCUAAUUGUUAUGAUGUGAGCAAAGAAAAGUGAAUACCCCUUAACUUUUACAUAGCUGAAAUUUGUUAACUUACAUACAUACUCAUACCGUAUGUAAAUAAUAAUUUAAUAACACACACACAGGCAUGCUUUAAACUGAAGACAUACACAAACACAGCAUAGAUAGCAUACCUUUCUUCAUUAUUCACUCAUUCAUUCUCAUAUAUGAAUAGGUUCAUAAGAAGGACUGCAAUAUAUACUAGUAUGAAGCCUGAUUAUUUGUAAUGAAUCACAGUUUUGUGCUUAAUGAUAAUGAGAAGAAAAAACAUUAUUCUGUGCUAUCAUUGUAGCUGGUCUGUGAACAGUCUUUCAUUUUGGCAUUCAUCAUUAUAGUAUAUCACUGGUGAAUAUACCCUCACAUAAUAUAGAAUCUUUACUGAGAAAUUUUGAGAAUAUUGUAACUUCAUGAGCAUAGACAUCUAAGCCACAGUGGAACAGCCUCACAUGUAGUAUUUCAUAGCUAUUACAAAGCCUUCCUUAACUACGAAAGAGGUGUUGCAAAGUGGCUUAAUUAACAAUUUGUACUUUAAAAAUAUAAAAGUAAUUGUCAGGAUACUCCAUUCUAAAUAAUCAAAAAUUUAAUGUCUUGAUAAACAUCUUUGAGCACAUCCCAUAUAUAAAUUUGUAUAUACAUAUUUCAUAGGCUCAAUUUAAUCACACAGCUCUGAAUUGUUACAUCACUGCACUGAACAUUUGUUAUUCAGUAUUUUACCUGUUUUCCAUUUCUUAAUAAAGGAUUAUAUAGAAUC